UCAUUAUUAAUGCGGCGCUUUCAUUUAUAUUUGUGGAACGUAGAUGGAACACAUACAAUUUAUACUUUAUAUAUAUGGGGAAUAUUUAUACUUCAUCAGCGGCAUCUACGAAAUGAACGGUUAAAAAAAAAGAAAUCGUAUAGAAGGCCAGAGAAUGUAAAGUUUGCAGUUGGAAUGAUAGUUAAACAUGGUAAAGAGGUGGGUGUGAUCGUCGGAUGGGACAGAUAUGAUAUUGAUAGAAGUGAUACAGACUCUUUAGACGUGAAUCAAUAUACAAUGUUGGUAGAUCAAUUUUUUUGUGAAUUUACAGCAACAAAUAAAUUUGUACAUCAACAAGUAUAUUACAUUAUUCUUACUAAAGAUAAUAGACUUCGUAAAGUAGAAGAAGACGCUAUAACUUUAACAACGCCGAAAUGGAUCGAUAAUAACGAAAUAGGUCGCUAUUUUUGUAAAUUCGAAGGCACGCAUUAUGUGCCAAACGAUAUGUUAGCAAAAAUUUAUCCGUAUAACGCCGCUACAGGACACGAGAUAGAAAUAGCUGAAUCAUUGUUUGAUUAUUGAUUGUUUCUCAGAUUCUUUGUAUUGUAAUUCAUUCCAUUUAUCAUAUAUUUAAUUUUGUGUAUAUUAAUAACAUAAGAUGCCAUAGUUUUUCAAGGCGAGCAGUAUUUUCUAUCAUUCUUAUAUAGACACGUCUUAUGAAAAUCGCGUAUUAUGUUUGCUCUGCUUUGUAACGAAUUGAUUAUCAGCUAAAUCAAAUUGAUUUAUACAAAAUGGGGGUCUAAAUCCAUUUAUGAUAAAAAAUAUAAAAUUGAUGAAAGUUUUCCAUUUAAAAAUGCAAAAUGCUUUUGAGACUUUCAUUUAAAUUAGGAAACAGGAAAUGAACAUUUUUAC